GCACGGGACCCCCUCAGUUCAGUUAGAAGAUGAGAUGCUAAUGAAUCACCAACUGAUUUUACAAGAGGAUUCUUUGCUGCUUUUGUGGCCACAAUAAAAUAAUUGGCAGACUCGAGCUUUCUAAUGCCUUCAUUUCUAGGAAAAAUAAUACAAGAGGGUGUAUUGCUGUAGUCAGUCCUUAAAUGGAAAACUUAUCUCCUGAAUUGAGAUGGGUUUUGGCACUUUGCUACAUGUGUGAAACCAGACAGCUUUAUUACCUUGGCUAGAGAACGAGAUAUCAAUGUCAUUGUUAUUAAUAUUACCUGAUGGAAUAAUCAGCAAUUUGCUUUUAGAGAGAAACCGGUCUGUGGUGUGUCUUCUUACUCCUACCCUGCACAGAAAAUCUCUGGAUGAGCAUUGCCAGGGUAAUUUUCUUUGCAGUCAGUAGCCACUCCGAGUGUGUUCCUGACCACCUGCAGCUGCUUAAUAGCUGGGUAAACUGAAUUCUAAUGGCCUUUUAAGUGUAGCUAAUUACAGGGGCUGCUUUUGUAUGGUGAAUUUUGUUUGGACUUAAACACGAGGUGGGGCCUAUUUGUCACUUUUAUUUCCUGCUAGUAAAACACACAGAAGUUAUGGUGUAGCCCUGAGAUGUCUCUCUGUCUCAGUCCUCACUUCUUUUAAGGUGCAGAUAGUCCCAUUUGUUCUCUGGGGUAAUUCAGAGAAGCAGCUAUUCUGCAGGAGCCAGCUUAGGUGUGGUUUUCAUAGGCAGAAACAAGGUAGUUUUUUGUCUUUUGAAUUUUAAGAGUGAUUUAAUUCAGAGGAGAGAUGCAGGGGGAUGGGAAAGGGAGCAGCACCAUCCACUUGUAGGAAGAGGAACAGCCCCUUCCAAUUGACAGUUCCUUUGGGAAGAGCUGCUGGAGUAGGAAAGGAUGAGAGACUAAGUGGCAGGAGGAAGCUGGAGGGGAACAGUUUGUUUUCUUACAGUAAACCCUGAGUGUGCCUUCUUGAAGGCUGUGUAGGCAGCACUGUAGCACACAUUGAUACAGACACUUUUCCUUUUUUUGUCAUCUUGUACUUUGAAAUACACGUGUUCCCUAUUUUCUUGUUUUAUCAACUUCUCCCUCUGUCAUUUAUAAACCAAAUUUAGGAAGGCAGGCUCACUGCCUCAAGCAGUGAUACAAUACACCAUGAUAUCACAGAGGAUGAAAGAUUGGGAAAAAAAGUGACGUGGAGAACGUGGUCACGGAUUCAGGAAGCUGAGGGCGGGAGAAAGGAGUCAGUUGGAGUGGAUAUGUAGAUGUUGAGCAAAUGGGAGGAGAGGUGACUAACGAAGAGCACGUGCAUAUGUAGAAAGUCAUGAACUUGUCUCUGCCCACUCCGAGGGAGAAGAUAUUGUGGGAAACUUGGUUAUACAAGAGUUGGGACUCAACAUCCUUAGAGCGGCUCUGAGUAGGUGUCUAAGCCAAGCCCGAGUAGUCCCGAGGAAUGUUAACCCGUCCCUGUGGAGCUGGGUUAUCUCCUGGAUUCUGUGGUAGAAAUGGACUUUCACCUCACAGGUUGUGAGAAUAGUUCCAUCAGGUGGUCGUGCUGUCACCUCUAGUGCCUGGGCACUGUCCCUGGAGGAAAAGGACUGUGAUAUAUUGGACACAGUAAGAAAGGACUGGCCUUGACAAGGCCUCUUCCAGCUCAUUGUUGUUCUUAUGAUGGAUAUGCCAUAAGGAUAUGGAUAUAGAUAGAUCCAUUAUGCACAAUUGGAAUAAAGACUUGAGUUGGUGUUUGGCUGAGCUCUUCUCUUUAUUACAUGACUAAAUAAAUUGAAGCCAUUUUUCCUUUUGUGGAAAUAAAUAAUCCUUGCUGUCCCAGCCCUAUGUAUAAUUUCCAUUUUUAACCUGCCAGUAAAACAUAAAUAUUGUGGUUAUAUAUUACCCGAUUGUUACCAUUCAGGCAAAAUGCACCAGAGCCAGAGUUCCUUGAAACAAUGUAUGCGUGUGAUGGAUGGUGCUGCAGAGAAGGUGACGCAGUCGUGACUCAGUCCUGAGUGAGGUUCAAACCCUUCCUGCUGCACUGAAAGCCUGUUCCUGCCAAGGCAGCUCAGGAAAUGCACCCACUCUGCCUUCUAGGAAAGCUGGGGUAAUUAACUUAAGUGUGGGAUAAAGCUUUUUGGAGACACAUGUGAUGUUCCUUUGGAACACAAUAAAUCAGUUUCAUAUUAAAAGCUGGAGGAAGACCCAGAGUCAUAAACCCCCUUUUGUACCAAUUUUGCUGCCUUUGCACAAGGCUGGGUGGUCAGUGAGCUCAGUCCUGGGAGGAUUAAACUAAUAGUCCCUGCUGUUAUUGCUGCAGGGAAUCCCAGGUGAUGGCAAACCUCCCUUACGCCGGGGAGUAAAUCACAUUAUCUGCUUUAUGCACCAUUAUUGUAAAGUGGGUUCUCAUUUGAGACACUGCAGUGGCUUUAUGGCUCCCCGAGCAGGGAGGGGGACUUUGCCCCUCGCUCAGCUUUAAUAUUCCCCCAUUCUUCUCUUUCCAGAGAAGGGACAAAAACGAGUGUUUGGCAGCUACUGGCUUGGGUUUUUCAGUAGAAUGUCCUUAGUGAGAUUUGCAGAGGUUGCUGCAGAUGAAUUCCCCAGAGAUUUUGUCUCUGUAUCUUCUUGUGUAGUUGCAGUGUUGAGAGAAAUUGCCAUUCCUAAUAGCCAAGAAAAUAUGGUUACUGUUGAUUUUUGGGGGUUUUUGGUGGUGUUUUUCUCUGAAUUUCUGAGCUUUCCUUCGAAGCACUGAGUUCACUGGGUUCAACUUGUGUCCAAAACACUCAGACACUGAGCACAAAACGGCAGUGACUUUGCUGCUAGUGUUUUUCUCUUAGAGCACCAUUCACUGCCACUCCCUGAGUGUUCGAGGAGUCACGGGGGCACGUGUGGGGUAUCACACAUGGGUGUUGUGAUGGCUCAGGGGGUCUGAUGCUGAGGGCAGGAAGGACAUUUCUGCUGGAUUGGAAAUGAGACACUUUGCCUCCUAGAGCAGUGCUUUCCCAUCCUCUGCAGCUGAAUGCAGUACAUGGGGAAGUUGCUGAUUUAAUAACACAGCUCCAGAGGAAACACCAUCCCACAGGAACAGGAGAGAGGAGCUGGAGAGUGUCCUGGAGGACGAAAGGAGUUUUCAAGCGAGAUUUCCAAAAGAGAUGAAGAACUCUUCAGACAAUGACACAAAGGUGCUUUCCAGGCAUCAGGAGCUGCAGAGAAGCUUUGCUAUUAAUGAGAUGUUCUGGAUUGGAUGUAAAAAGCAAAAACUAAGAGAAAAAUUGGAGGUCUGUGACACCAGCAGGUCCCAGAGGGUGUUGAAAAAAGGAAGGUAAAUGUGAAUGGUGUAGAGACCAACCUGUUUUGUCUUGAAGGGGUGGUUGAUUUACUUGCACAGCUCAGAAUGAGCUAAUCUUCCACUGGAGGAGAUAUUUCAAAGUCAUGGGAGCUGAGCUGGCUCUUGGUUCACAUUGUAUUUGAUUCACACCAGUGACACACAGGACUGUCACUGCCUCGCCACUCUGACGUACUGGAGUGAUACUGGGAGAUAUUUAUACCUGCUACCAUUUCAGCUUGUGCCAUCACCCAGCGUUGACUGGGAGAGGCAUGCCUGCUGUUUUGGGGAGGUAGAUGCUGUCUUUGCAGUUGUUGUAAAUGGUUUACCAUCUCACAUUGGCAUUGCUUUCGCUCAUGUGCAUGAUGCUUAUGAGGUUGGAUGAAAACAUUGGGGUGCUGAUAGAUUUGUUGAAGAUUAUUGGGUGAUGUGCCUCAUAAUAUGACUAAUCUUUCAAAUUCUAUCAUCUCCAAGUUAUUGAAAUACUUGUUACAACAAAAAAUGAUGGACUAUUAAAUAAUAUUUGAGCCAGGCCUCUUAAAUUUUAUAGUGUCAUUACCAGUGGAUCAGAACUGAGGAGAGACAAUAUAGUUGUGACAUACAUAACACAUAAAUUUAACAUUAGUUUAGGCAAGCUGUUUAGGUUAUUGUUUGACUAAUCUCUACAUGGAUUAUCAUUACAAAAUGUAGCCUAAUUUCUCCAUAUUGCGAAAAAGCUGAGUAUAUCCUAUCACAGCUCCUUUUAUCUUUAAUUAUCUUUUUUUCUUGUAGGAUUUCUGCAAUUCAGUUUCAAAUUGCUGUACAAAUUCAUAUGGUAAUCCUUUGGACAUAGCAGAGCUUCACACUGAGGUGCUCGUCCCAGUGUUUGUUUAGCUUGUCUGAAAAUGUCUCAUGUGUGUGAGAUAUGGUGAGAAAAAUCAAUAAUUGCAAAGGAUAAUCCGUGGGCAAACAGUGCAGAGAGUGCUCCCUGCAUGCCAACGGUUUGGCAAUGCUUAUGCCCAAAGUUCCAUGUUUAUUUCUGCUGAAAAACCACCAAAACUGAGAGGAACUCACAGGGAAGUGGUUAAAGUCUCAAGGUGCUGUGGUUGUCGGUGUCAGAGCUGUAAUGGGUAUUGAAAGGAGGUUUUAGAGGAAGAAAUUAGAUCCUGCAGGAUUAACAGGAGGAGUUAGUUACUCCUAUGGAGGAGUAGUGAGCAAAGUUAGUUUGGUCUUUGUCAUCAGUGUUAGAAAACUCCCUCAGGUGUUGGUGUUUCCAGGCAGUUCUGUGGCAGUGACUUGGGGCCACAUCAUGUUUUCCAGCUCCUGCCCUUGGGCUUGUUUCACAGCUAAAUAUCAACACUUGCUCCUGCCUCCUGUGCUCUUUGUUGCCAGUCCUUGGGACCUCUCUGGGACACAGCCUGUGUCCUGCACUCCUCUCUCAACACAUCUGUGUUUCCAGGGAAAUGUGCUUCUCAGUGUAUCUUGGUGAUUAUAGAAAUGCUGAUAGAAUUCAUGGAGAUCCAAGCUUUGGUAGGAAUGCACACCAGAGGCAGAUCUAGGAUGUAUUUGGAAGUACAGAAGUUGAAAGUAUCAGCAAAUCCUGCAGCUCCUGAUAUUGUCCCUUAUUGGUGCACAAUUGGCUGAGCUGUUUAUUAUUUUCAUUUCUGUGAAGAACAGCAAUUACAGGACCGUUUAUAGAAACUGCACCACCAAGCCCCUGAAGUUGGCUCAGCCUUGCUUUUUUUCCCCCCAAGAUUUGACAUGAGUGCUAACUUCAGAACCACGAAAUGACUGUCUUCUGCUUUCCUUUGCAACUCUUUGGUACUAUUUUUUUCCGGAGAUGAAUCUUAAUGCCCCGUUUUGUCUAUUAAAGGCCCUGCCUAAACUCUUUGGUCUCCUUUGCACUAAAGUUGUAAGGUAUUUGUGCCAAAAUGAGUCUGCAGGAGUGAGUCAGCAUCUUCCCUCAGCCCUUCAGUGUCUGCUGGUGGGGAAGGUCAGCCAAAAAUUCCGCUACUUGUUGCACCAUGUGGAAUUAGCUAGAACUGUGCCUCUCCCUUAAUUCAAUCACUGGUUAAUUUAAUUAUAUUCUUUUUAACAGGUUAAUUCUAUUUUUUUUUAAAAUCAAGCCACCCAAAAUUGAAACUUAGUGUUUAUUUUUCGAAGCAAUUAGGUAAUUGAUUAAACUACUGGCUAUUGUUAGUGCAAUUAUCUGGACUGGCUCUUGAUUAAUACUGACAGUUAAGGGAAAGAGCUGUUCGGGAUAAACCAACCAAAGAAUAUCAACAGGAUGGGUGUUAAAUUUAACAUAAAAAUUUCUCAGAGUGUGUUAGUGACAUAAAUGCUGUCACGUGUCACACAGUGGUGAUCAAAUGAGCGCUGGAGGUAGGAUUAGGUAUGAGAAAAUCCCUGAUUUAAUCCUUAAUAGCAUAAAAGGUGCUGUGUAGGGAUGGAUGAUAUUUAUUUAUAGAUCAGAGCUUGUGUGUUCUGGGACAUAUAAAGACAUGAUAUUUAUCUAAUAAUAUUUAUCUGAAAGACAUGAUAUUUAUCUAAUAAUAUUUAUCUGUGAAUGAUCCUGGCUUUCACACUUGCAGAGCAAGGCUGGUGUUUAUCACUCCUAAUUGUUUGCUGCAGUUAAUUUGCUGGUACUAAUGAGAUCCUGAGCUCAAGCGUUGCACUCAGCCAUGUUGCUGAAGAUCACCUUAUCUUCUGGAAGCAGAAAUACAGUGAACAGAUGAAUCCCUCCAGCCAGACAUUCCUCCAGUAGAUCCCUCUCCUCAUGGAACACCCCAGCAGGGAGGAGAUGGACUUGAAAGAGGAAGGUUCCCAGGUGUGGGCUGAGUCUGCAGCACAGGAACAGAGCACUGCUCAGGUGCACUUUGUCCCCGAGGGGGGGGCGGUGGCGCAGAUCGUGUACAGCGACGAGCAGGAGCGGGGCCCAUCCCAGCAGGUGGUUUACACGGCCGAUGGCACCUCCUACACCUCGGUGGACACUUCGGAGCACACCCUCGUUUACAUCCACCCCGUGGAGGCUACGCAGACUCUGUUUACAGAUCCAUCCCAAGUGGCUUAUGUCCAACAGGAUGCCACCACCCAGCAGGUAACGGUGCUCUUGCCUGCUGCUGCUCAGAGCAUGAACCCCACCAACCUGUCCGUGCUCGGCAGCGUUGCCGACCCCCCCCAGCCAGUGGCUCUGGAGCAGGGGCCACAAGCAGAUAGAGCAUCGUUACCGGUGCAUAACCAGGUUCCUCCCAUGGAGGCAGUGGAUGGUUCUGACCCUUUAGCACCUCUGCAGAAUCAAAUGGAAAGGAUAGAAACAAAAGAGGAGGAUGAUGAGGAUGAAGAUGAGGAUGAAGAUGGGGAAGACUCUGACAUGGAUGAAUGGGAUCCGGAUCCACCUCGACCCUUUGAUCCCAAUGAUUUGUGGUGUGAGGAGUGCAAUAAUGCACACCCCUCAGUGUGCCCCAAACACGGCCCUCUGCACCCCAUCCCCAACCGGCCCGUGCUGACCCGGGCGAGGGCCAGCCUGCCCCUGGUGCUCUACAUUGACAGGUUUUUGGGAGGAGUGUUCUCCAAACGGCGCAUCCCGAAGCGAACACAGUUUGGGCCUGUGGAAGGGCCCCUGGUCAGACAAACCGAGCUCAAAGAUUGCUACAUCCAUUUGAAGGUUUCUCUUGAUAAGGGUGACAGAAAAGACAGAGACUUGCAAGAGGACCUGUGGUUUGAACUUUCCAGUGAGGCUCUGUGUAACUGGAUGAUGUUUGUGCGUCCAGCCCAGAACCACCUGGAGCAGAACCUGGUGGCUUAUCAGUAUGGCCACCACAUCUACUACACCACCAUCAAAAACGUGGAGCCCAAGCAGGAACUCAAGGUGUGGUAUGCUGCCUCUUAUGCUGAGUUUGUGAACCAGAAGAUCCAUGACAUAACUGAGGAGGAAAGGAAGGUUCUCAGGGAGCAGGAGAAGAACUGGCCCUGUUACGAGUGCAAUCGGCGUUUCAUGAGCUCGGAGCAGCUCCAGCAGCACCUCAACUCCCAUGACGAGAAGCUAGACUUCUUCAGCAGAGCCAGAGGCCGAGGUCGUGGGCGAGGGAAGAGGAGGUUUGGACCAGGCAGACGCCCCGGGCGCCCUCCCAAAUUCAUGCGCAUGGAAGUAACCAGUGAAAAUGGGGAAAAGUGUGAAGAAGGGACACAGGACUUGCUGCAUUUUUCCAGCAAGGGGCAGUUUGAUGAGGCCGGACAAGCCGCCCUGAACGGGCUGGAGCAGCAGGAGCAGACUCCGGUGCCGCCGGAGCCGCAGCCGGCCCUGGAGCAGCAGGAACCCUCCGCGCUCCAGGUGCAGCCGCAGCACGAGGGCAGCGCGGGGCCCACGCAGAGCACCAUGACAGCAGAUGACAUGAGGAGAGCCAAGCGCAUCAGGCUGGAGCUGCAGAAUGCAGCUCUGCAGCACCUGUUCAUCCGAAAAUCCUUCCGGCCCUUCAAAUGCCUGCAGUGUGGGAAGGCCUUCCGGGAGAAGGACAAGCUGGAUCAGCACCUGCGCUUCCACGGCCGGGAGGGGAACUGCCCCCUGACCUGUGACAUCUGCAACAAGGGCUUCAUCAACAGUGGUGCCCUCGAGAGCCACAUGAAGUUCCACAUGGACCAGAAAACCUACUCCUGCAUCUUCUGCCCCGAGUCCUUUGACCGCCUGGAUCUGCUCAAAGACCAUGUGGCCAUCCAUGUCAACGACGGCUAUUUCACCUGCCCCACCUGUAAGAAACGCUUCCCAGAUUUCAUCCAGGUCAAGAAGCACGUGCGCAGUUUCCACUCUGAGAAGAUUUACCAGUGCACAGAGUGUGACAAGGCUUUCUGCCGCCCCGACAAGCUGCGGCUCCACAUGCUGCGGCACUCGGACCGCAAGGACUUCCUGUGCUCCACCUGUGGCAAGCAGUUCAAGAGGAAGGACAAGCUGCGAGAGCACAUGCAGAGGAUGCAUAACCCAGAGAGGGAGGCCAAGAAGGCCGAUCGGAUCAGCCGCUCGAAAACCUUCAAGCCCCGGAUCGCGUCCACCGACUACGAGAGCUUCAUGUUCAAGUGCCGCCUCUGCAUGAUGGGCUUCCGCCGCAGGGGCAUGUUGGUGAAUCAUUUAUCCAAGAGACAUCCAGACAUGAAAAUAGAAGAGGUGCCAGAGCUCACGUUGCCCAUCAUCAAACCCAACAGAGAUUACUUCUGUCAAUACUGUGAUAAGGUGUACAAGAGUGCCAGCAAACGCAAAGCACACAUCCUGAAGAACCAUCCUGGUGCUGAGCUGCCUCCAAGCAUCCGGAAGCUGCGUCCUGCAGGCCCGGGAGAGCCGGAUCCCAUGCUGAGCACCCACACUCAGCUCACAGGCACCAUUGCCACCCCUCCCGUGUGCUGCCCUCACUGCUCCAAGCAGUACAGCAGUAAGACAAAGAUGGUACAACACAUCCGUAAGAAGCACCCAGAGCUCGCUCAGCUCCCGAACACGAUCCACGCCCCGCUGGCCACGGCCGUCAUCAGCUCCACCCCCGCUGUCCUGGCCACCGACAGCACCACCGGCGAGACCGUAGUGACAACAGAUUUACUGACCCAGGCCAUGACAGAGAUAUCCCAGACCCUCACCACGGACUACCGGACUCCCCAAGGGGAUUACCAGCGCAUCCAGUACAUCCCUGUGUCCCAGUCCACAACUGGCUUGCAGCAGCCUCAGCACAUACAGCUGCAGGUUGUUCAAGUGGCCCAGGCUACCUCACCUCACCAGUCCCAGCACUCCACAGUGGACGUUGGGCAGCUCCAUGACCCCCAGACAUACACCCAGCAUGCCAUCCAGGUGCAGCACAUCCAGGUCACAGAGCCAUCGCCAGCAGCUCAGUCAUCACCACAGGUUGGAGGUCAGCCUUUGAGUCCCUCCUCGCAACAACCCCAGCAGGAACUCAACCCUUCACAGAUGCAGACUGUGACACCGACACCAAACCAAGGCCUGCAGCAGCAGCAGGGCUCCUCAGUCCAGCACACGUAUCUCCCCAGCACUUGGAACUCCUUUCGGAGCUACUCAUCAGAGAUUCAGAUGAUGACCAUUCCCCAAGGGCAGUACGUGAUCACAGAGACCGCUGUGGGUACCCCAGUCACCACUGUCAACACGGGGCAAGUGAAAGCAGUUACUCAGACUCACUAUGUAAUCUCAGAGGGUCAGCCCGACCUGGACAAACAAACGUCCUCGCUGCCCAGCGAGGUACAGGUGGGUGUUUCCCAGCCCCCGGAGCCCCUGGAGUCCCAGCCGAGCAGCCAACAGCAAACCACCCAGUACAUCAUCACCACCACCACCAACGGCAGCGGGGGCAGCGAGGUGCACAUCACCAAACCCAGGACUUUCUCAGCAGAACACGAGUGAAGCAGCCCCACAGUGUUAUCUACUUGUCUUGUCACCUCCCUGACAGCCCAGAUGUGGGGGUACCCUGGGGCUCCGAAUGUUUUGAUCUCUGUUCACUUACCUUCAACUAAAAUCUUGGAGCUCUUGUUAAUGCUUUAAGAGGGUUUAAGUCCCCAGUGACCAUGAAGUAUGCUCCAAGUCCUUCUGGGAUGCUUUUAUGCAGCUUUUAACAAAAAGGACAAGAGAAGUGAAACCUCUCCUUGCCCUGGAUUUUAUUUUUGGCGUGUCUGCUGACCCUUACUUUUCCUUUUUGGAAGUGUCUCCAGCGAACAACUUUUUAUUUCAAUUGUAUGGGAAAAGCUUGCCUAGCUGAAGGCAUCCUGGCAGAUUGUUGUAUGUAUAUUUUUAACGGGAGCCUUUAAACAGGAGGACAUCAUGUAAAUUGCCAGAGUAUGGCAAAACUGCUUCCUGUGGCUUUGUUUCAGCAGCCAAGGUGAAAGGGAAUGUCCCAGCUCAACAUGAGCAGACUGCCUGGAGAAAGGAGCAGCAGCAGCCAAGUGGUGGCUCCUUGUAUCCCUGUGUGGGGAUGGGAUCAAGCAGUGAAGACGUGCCGAAGCAGUCCAUUAAAUUAUCCUUUUUCCAGCCCUCCAGAACUGUUUACAUGCUGUUUGCCCUGCCCUGUGUUACCCAGCAGUUCCACAAAGAAGGAAAAGGGGAGUCUUGUUGUUGGACAAAGUGACUGAAAUCAUAGUAGCACCCGAUGGUACUAUGGAGCCACUGUUGACUCUCUUCCCUGCACUGUUUGGAGGGAAGGUUGCUUUUUUGCCUGUAAACAAAAAAAAAAAAGGCUCAGCUUAACCUGCACUUUUGACCUAAGAUAGUUGUGCCAGGAGAAAAUGAGGGUACAGGAGCACUGCUCUGAAGGGACUGGGUCCUUAUCUCUGUGGCCCCCUCAAAGUGAACAUGUUUCUCCCCUUCAAGACUGGAUGGAGAGUUGGUUACUCUGAUGUUUUUCCAAAUAACCUUGUUAACAAUGCACUGUAAUUCCUUUGGACAGUUCCAUAAAAAGACCAGCCCUGGACUCAGGAAACACACCAGAAACAUGCUUGUGGACCACUAUUUAUGGGACACAGAAAGCCAUCUGUGAGGGUUGCCUGCUUUGGUGGACCUGGUCCGUGUACAGAAUUCAUGUUGCAUUUAGGGACCAGGAGAAAGGGAAAGAGAAGGUUUAUCUUUAAGGCAGUAUAAUAUUUUUUUCCUUACAUAAUUCUCCUUCACGGGUCUUGUUGGUUGGUUGGUUGAUGCUUCUGGUAGUUGCAGGAAUAUGUCUAGAACUCCAUUGACUCCUGAUGGGAUACACCAUGUAUGUCUGAACCUCCAUUCUCUGCUGGAAAACUCAUCCCAGAAUGUCUGUGCAUAACAGGAUACAUUUAUUUAUAAAACAAUAACAAAGAAGGAUGUUGUGUCUUAGAGGCCCUUAAGACAGAAGAACUUAGAGAGGUUUUUUUUGAUUUGUUUUCUCUUGUGCUGCACUGAGUGUGAAUGUUCAUGAGUAUGGACUCAUGUUCAUGAGUAUUCCCAUGGAUUUAUGUGAGGAUUACCCAUGAGUAAGCACUACAGAUUGUGAUAUCAGGUUUUAUGGAGUUAAAGUUCUUAGACACAGGAGAACUUCACACUCAGGCUGGACAAGAGGAGGUCUGGUUCCUUGUGGGCAAAGCCUUGUAGCGGGUAUUGCUUUGGUAAUUAACAGAUCUGUUAAUAUGGCGUGGAAAGAGAGAUGAGAGAAAUCAGAUGGAAAAUCCUGGCCAGCUCAGAACUGUUCUGAGGUAGCUUUAAAGAGACUUGCCAAAAUGGGGAUUAAUUUAUUCCUGGAAUUUCACUUCUCUUGCUGUACCACCAUCUUGGGGCAUCAGUUAGCUGGGUAAAUUUAAGUAGGACCAGACCUGCCAUUUAGUGCAGUGAUGAGUGACUUUAAAUUUCAUCGAUUUGGGAGCCCAUCGACUGUGGUAGCGUGGCCAAGUGACCACAAUGCCUACUAAUUAAUUUGAAUUUGUAUUGCUGAGGACUUUGGAAUUACAAUGUCAGGCAUUGUGAUGAUGUUGGUGUGGGAGAAGAGGGAGAUCUUGUCUUGGCUUUCUUCAUGCUGCUGCUUAUUUAAUAAAGAGCCAAAAAUAGUAUUAGUAGGAAAAUAGCAGACUUGGAAAUAUCCAGGGCAAUACUGCCCUACAGCAGCAAUUUUAAAGUCUUAAAUGUUUGACAAUAGAUGAACAUCAGACUUGUUCCCAUUAACAGUGUUGCACAUGUGGGGUUUAAAACUAUUUUGCUCUAUUCACCUUUGUUGGAACGGUUUAUGAACAAGGACAGUUGUACCAGUUAUUUAAAACGGAAAACUACAACAGAAAACCAUUUUAAAACUCAAAUCUUUUAAGUUUUUGAACUCAAAUCUUCCUCAUCAAAGUUUUUACUCUGCCCCUCAGCAGCAUAGUCAGGCCAUCAGCCUGACAUAACUGAAGUGAUUCCAAGUGUCCCAAGUUAAACUAAUGCCCUGUUAUGGAAGAAGCAUCCCUGGAAAUGGAAGUACCAUGAAUUUUCCUUCCAAAGUAAGGAACUACAUUGAUUGCACAGUUGGCAAAAAGCAAGCAAGAAAAAAAAAGACAAUGAUUGCAUGGAUUUUUUUUUUCCCAUUUCUGCAGUGCAGAAGGUAUAGGAUGUAUUAUUAUUAUUAUUAUUAUUACUAUUAUUAUUAUUAUUAUUAUAUUUUUAAACCAGAGCAACCCAAAGAUCUCUCCAGUCAUGUCCCACAGGAGCGUAACUCCAGAGUCCUCUUGGUUGCCUGCAAGGUCUGUGUUUUGCUCGGGGAUUCAGGCUCCUCAGGGUCUAAUGCUGUCCCCUGGAGGUGUUUUUAGGUCAGAUCCUGUAUUUUCGGGAGGAAAAAGAAAACAACCCCAACCCACGCACCCUGACCGUGCACCUCUCGGACUGCUCGGGCCCCAUCUCUUAUUUAAGUGUGUAUGUUUAUUGUACAUUUGGUGACUGUUGUUGUGUUCAGAGUCUCGUGCAACCUGGCAGGUGUAAAAAACAACCCCCCCUGAAAUUAAUAAAUCUUUUUCUCUUUUUUUUUUAAA